AAUUUCAAUUACUCUGUUCGCAUAUAUUUCUUCGCCCCAAAAUCAAAUACUAGCGCAUUUGCGACAGAUCAUUAGUAGAUUCGUGAUCCGACGUUUGCUUUGUGUGAUCGCCGGCGAUGAAUAAGAUUGAGAGAGCGCACCAGAUGUACAGGGACGGCAAAUACGCCGAAGCUCUGGAUUAUUACACGGACUCACUUGCCAUGGCGAAGACCAAGCCCCAGAAGAUUGCCCUCCACAGCAAUCGUGCCGCUUGUUAUCUCAAACUCCACGAUUUCGACAAGGCAGCAAAAGAAUGCACCUCAGUGCUGGAGCUUGAUCACCAGCACACUGGAGCACUAAUGUUGCGUGCUCAAACUUUGGUCACACUGAAGGAGUAUCAUUCAGCACUCUUUGAUGUCAACCGGCUAAUUGAGUUGAAUCCAUCAUCAGAAGUGUACCAGAAUCUUCAAGCCCGUCUGAAGACACAACUGUCACUUGCUCCCAUACCAGAAGAUGAAGCAGAGUUUGAAGAAGAUGAUGAUUACAUAGAUGAAGCGAAUUGGGAAGAAAAUGAGGAAGAAGAACAAGAUAGUAAAGAGGUGGAAGAUCACCACAGGAGAGAAGAUGAUGCAAUUCAUGAUGCUGCAAUUGCAGAUAAUAAUAGAAGUGGUUUUGAAAAUGUUAGGCUAACAACUGAACCAUUGACCUCCCAGGAUCAGACCACUCAAAGACCACCUGAUCAACAAUCCUUGGGGUGGCAAACAAUUCCAAAACCAAAGGGACACUCCCAUCUUGACUACUCGAGGUGGGACAGAGUUCAAGAUGACUCAAGCGAAGAAGAAAAUGAUGAUGAUGAUGAUGGUGAUGAUGAAGAUUCUCAGCCUCAGUAUAGAUUUCGUGUUAAAACAGUUGGUGUAAGGGCAGUUAAGUAAUUGCUUAAGAUGCAGACACAGUUAUAAAGCACCGCAACAAAGCUCCACUUAGACGCAUUUGAGAGUUAAAUCUAUUUCUGGAUGGAGAAUGUCAUUGUCCCAUUGUCUCAUUUGCGUUCUCAACACAGUGCACUUGAAGAGCUGCUUUUUGACUGGCUAAAAUGUACUUUCAUCCGCAAAAGAGAGAGCAUCCAUUGUACGCAUUUAGCUUUACACUUGUGGUAUAUGUUGGAAUCUAAGGGCUAAUGGACCUAUGGAUACUGCAGUUCAAAAUUUCACAGUCAGUCCUAUGAGCUGCCGGAGACUUUGGACAGACGGUAAAAUGAUCUGAUGUGUUCGAUGUCUUGGCAGAUCAAGAACCAUUGGUGUAUUCUUUUUUUCUUUCUUUUUAUGUGGGGCAUCAUUCUAUGUGUUCAUGGUAUUCAGAAUUUAAUGUAAUAUACAAAUACUCAUGUAA